AUUUCCAGAAAGCAGUUGAUGAAGAAGAAAUAGUUUGCUUCGAAACACAGUGCUAAUGUUGAAAUGAAUGGUAGUAAUUGGCCGAACGAAUUACUCAAGAAAGGCACCUCACAUGGGGAACAUGAAAAAAAUGCGGAAAAGAAUUCACAACCAUUAUAUUCACCGCAGUGUUCUGGACUUACCGAUACUCAUAUCACUUUCCGGAAGAAAUCGUCACCCGUUGAUUCACCUCAUUCUUUAUUGCUUUCACCGAUAUUGCUUCGUCCGAUUCGCUCACUUUCGACGCAGAAUAAUUUUUAUGGACUACCGUCUGAAUUUGAUGAAGAGCAUCGCUUAUCACGACAAAAAAUAGCCGCAUCCUAUCAGCUGCCGCGCACAUUUGCAGCUUCGAAAAGUGUCACGAUGUUGGGUUCAAAAACUGCCGUUGAGAGGGGUAGUGCUGAUAAUUCAGAGAGCCGUUUUUUAAUGCAAAAAUCACACAAACGAGGGAGGCGUUUAUCAGGUAUAUUUAGUCAAAAAUCAAUCGACUCGUCGUUUUCAAAUCAUAUUACAACACUAGGAAAUUUGGUGCGAAUGCGUAACUCUUCAUUAGGCCAUUCCGAUCCACAAAUUUCUGCAUCAGUUCAGUCAUCUUCCGUUCGUCUUCGAAGGAAAGACGGAAGUCAUCUCUCGUAUUCAUCGGCUAGUAGCCUUGGAUGUCGUCGAAGUCUGAAUGCUUCAGCAUCACCUAUCCUCGCACGAAGGUGCCGAUCACCUAAUCGUUUAGUACUAUUCCCCAUCCCUCAUGGAAAAACAAAUCCAGGAAUUGUGCCGCUUAGAACAAGUAAUUCGCGUACUGCACCGUUAGCAUCAGCUCAGGACAGUAGACGCUGGUCGGUUGCAUCUCUUCCAUCAUCGAGUGGUUACGGGACACCCGGAAGCAAUUCAGCAUUUUCGAGUGAAUAUUCAUCGCAAGAACAGCUUUGUGAUUUUGUUGCCGAUUUGCGACUUAGUAGUGCUGAGGGUUCAAAUGAAGAUUUUGCGAGACAAAAUCGUCCUCGUUCUCGCAGCUUGACAAAUUCUAUAAAUUUCGGUUUUGACUCGAUAUAUAGUGUUGUUGAUCACAAAACAAUUUACAAGGAACGUUUUCCAAAGGCAAAGAAGCAAAUGGAAGAGCAACUCAGUCAGUUAGUCGAUGAAAAUGCCCCAUUAUCUGGUGUUACAUCUUUGGAUACAACAUUACGGCCAGAAAGUAUAUACGUAGAGGAUGCCUGGGGUGGCUCACCGAACACUUCGCUUAACUCACUGAUUAGUCGUCGGUCUAUGAUGGCUGAAAACAUGGAGGGUGAUCCCAGAAUGCGACUAAUCUCGGAUGGUGCUACGCGAUUUCUUCAUCAUCAGAUUGUCGAAGUCGCUAAUGAUUGUCUGUCAAAGUCGAGAGAUGACCUCACCAAUGCCUCUUACUUCUCAGAAAUAUCGCAAAGACUCGAAUCUGUUAUUGCCGAAGCACACGAAAAAACUCCACCUGAAAGCUUUGCUUUUUUAUCUAAAAUGGCGAAGCAUGUACUUAUGAUAAUUUCUCGACCGGCUCGUAUUUUAGAAUGCUUGGAGUUCGAUCCAGAUCAGUUCUAUCACUUGUUACAAGAAACGGAGGGAGCGGUUCGCGAACAGCUCGGCGCAGGUAAUGCUAGAGUUCCAGAUUUACCUCAGUACAUCAUAAGCAAACUUGGUCUGAAUAAGAAUUUGAUGUCCGAAUCUGCAGUUGAUAUUUCCAAGGGAGCGCAAGGUUCACUAUUCGAUGAUGAAACUCGCUUAGCUAUGGAGUGUGACCAUGAAUUGUGUAAAAGACGUCCACCAUCUGAAGAUGACUAUGAAACAGUUCGGUUAAUAAGUAAUGGAGCAUAUGGCGCCGUUUAUUUGGUGCGGCAUAAAGAAACACGACAACGAUUUGCACUGAAGCGCAUGAAGAAACAAACUUUAUUGAUGCGUAAUCAAAUAAAUCAGAUAUAUGCUGAGAGGGAUAUACUGACAUUUACGGAUAAUCCAUUUGUCGUAUCAUUUUAUGGUUCAUUCGAGACGCGUCAUCAUUUGUGCAUGUUGAUGGAGUACGUCGAAGGUGGGGACUGUGCAACUCUACUAAAAAAAGCUGGAACAUUACCACUUGAUGCAGCACGGCUAUAUAUUGCAGAAACUGUUCUUGCUAUUGAUUAUCUUCAUUCUUAUGGUAUUGUACACCGUGAUUUAAAGCCCGACAACCUAUUGAUAACGGCAAUAGGCCAUAUAAAAUUAACCGACUUUGGACUUUCAAAGAUUGGUCUGAUGAAUCGUGCAACACUUCUUUGCGAAAAUUACUUGGAUAUUUCGGAUACACAACAAUUUACUGAUAAACAGCUCUGUGGUACUCCUGAAUAUAUCGCGCCAGAAGUAAUUUUAAGGCAAGGAUAUGGUAAACCAGUGGAUUGGUGGGCACUUGGUAUUAUUUUGUAUGAAUUCCUAAUUGGAAUUGUUCCGUUUAUGGCUGACACUCCAGAACAUUUGUUUGCAAAAAUUGUUAAUGAGGAGGCGGAGUUUCCUGAAGGGGAAGAAGCAUUGCCCAUGGAAGCUGAAUCUUUGAUUAAACGUUUGUUGGAGAAGGAUCCAAUAGAACGGCUUGGAUCAGCUGGUGGUGCUCAGCAACUGAUGAAUGAUCCUUUUUUUGCUGGUUUAAAUUUCAAAACUUUGUUGCGUCAAAAAGCAGAAUUUGUGCCCCAACUGGAGGGGGAUGAAGAUACAUCUUAUUUUGAUACUAGAACAGAUCGCUACAAUCAUGAUGUUGACAGUGGUGACGAAGAUAAUGCUCCAAUGUUUGGUUCUUUUGAUACUGCAUCACCUCGCCAUUCAGUAAUCAGUGCUGAGUCAUUUAAUGUAGCCCAGGCUACAAGUUUUGAUAGUGUCAAGAACACUCGGUCAGAUUCGAGUUCAGUUUCUCUUCAGUUAAGCGGAGAUUUUAAUGAAAACAAGAUGGAUACUAAAUAUGAUUUAUUACCAACGACAGUGCUACUUAGGCGGUGUUUUUCAUCUCAGCUUCAAAAUAAUUUGUCUACAUCAAACAAUGGAACAAAUGAAACGGGUUGUCUGAAUACAGUUGGGUUAUCUACAUGUGCUUCAUCUGAUGCACUCAGUUUUUCCGAAUAUUCGCAGUCGGUACCAGUUAUAGAAGGUUAUCAUAAUCAGAAAAGUAACGCAACAACGUCAUUGCCACGUUUCUCGGUAACCUGUGAACCCGACGCAACUACUGUUAGCUCUUGUGAUAAGAAAGAACUAUCGCCUGUAACUGAAUCACGAACAGCUUCUAAUCUAAUUAUUUUCGAUUCUAGUCGAAGCGAUGAAGCCGUUAGUGAACACGACCGUACUUUGCAACUCGAAAUCCCAAAACAGUCUUCGCCCUUACUCACUCAUCAUUCGCCCGCUGGUUCAGCUUCCAGCGCGUCAUCAGUUGAUGGUAUUUCCACCAAUCCAUUAGGUAACGCAACUCCUACAACGGGACACAAUUUUCCAUUGAGAGCGCCAAUAAUCAUCAAGAAAGGACCAAAAGGUUUCGGAUUCACGAUUCGUUCAGUACGUGUUUAUUUGGGUGAACAGUCGGAUUAUUAUACUAUUGAACAUUUAGUGACGAAAGUGGAAGAAGGUUCUCCAGCUUACCAAUCUGGUAUACGGCCAAAUGAUCUUAUUACUCAUGUUCAUUCUCAACCUGUUUCUAAUCUCACACAUCCGCAGUUGUUGCAUCACCUUCUCGCAUAUGGAAAUGAGCUUUCCCUGAAGACUAUACCACUCUCAUCAACCUCAAUUCGUGAAGGUGCACCACGUCGUACAGUUGGCAAGCUGGCCAAGAAGAAACUGAGAAAACCACAACAUCGCGUUCAACUGGAGAAGAAGGCUAGGAAAUCGUCACUUCUCCGUCGGUUAAGCGGCAAAAGAGCUAGCAAUGACAUUAUUCCUGGAAGUUCAUCCCAGAAACAGACGUUCAUGCCUCGGUCAGCUUCUAGUCAAGAUGGAAUACAGCUAAGCAGCGUAAUUGCUUCGUCUUCCACAUUGGCGGUUGUACCAACGGUGGGUUCAAAUGGUUGUGUGUUCCAGCGACUUUCAGAUGCUAGCUCACCCAUUAAAAAGGAAGAGAAAUUGAUUUCUGCAUCACCACUAGCACUAGCAUGCGCAAAUCGACCAUCUACAUUACAGGGGCUAAAACAUAAAAUGACUGGAAUGGCGCACCAUUUAACGACGCGUAAACAGUUAUCUACACCAGUUGCAGUCAGUCCACUGGCAAGAGAUAAAGUUGCUUUUAUUUCAAGAUCGCCUAGUCCAUCUCAGUUGUCAAGAAAUGCAUCCUAUACAAAGCUUCAAAAUAUACAACCUGAAGCAAAGUAG